AUGUUUGUAGUUGAAAGUGAUUACAUGGAAGUCGAACCGUCGAUCAACGAGUCGUCUCCGUCACUGUCGUCAUCUCGUAGUUGCGAUCACUGGUACGUUCGUUACGGAGUCUGCAUCGCCUGUAAAUCGACGGUGAACAAACGGCAAGGCCGAGCAUUCAAUUAUCUCAUCCAAGGUUUGCAGCUAAGCCACGAAGCAGCCGCGUUUUCGAAGCGUUUUACAACGCAAUAUCAUAUUGUCAACGAGAAGAAGCUUCAUCUCGUCCUUGACUUGGACUACACGCUUCUCGACUCUAUUAGGGCUUCACUUCUCUCCGAAACAGAUAAGUAUCUACUCGAAGAAGCGAGUUCAAGGGACGAUCUAUGGAGGGUUGACACCGGAUUCUUGACAAAGCUACGGCCUUUUGUUCACGAGUUUUUGAAGGAAGCCAACAAGAUGUUCACAAUGUAUGUUUACACAAUGGGUAAUCGAGUAUACGCCAAAUCCGUGUUGAAGGCGAUUGAUCCCAAGAGAAUCUAUUUUGGGGAUAGAGUGAUAACAAGAGACGAGAGUCCGUAUGCGAAGACGCUUGAUCUGGUUUUAGCUGAGGAGCGUGGAGUGGUCAUUGUGGAUGAUACGCGUGAUGUUUGGACCCAUCACCAGAGUAACCUAGUAGAGAUUAAUGAGUACCACUAUUUCAAAGACCUCAAUGGCCCAGAAGAGCCAAUUUCUUCUUAUACGGCGGAAAAGACAGACGAGAGUAGUAGCGAUGGUGAAUUGGCUAAAGUUCUGAAAAUACUCAAGGAAGUUCACUGUGGAUUCUUCAGAGUCAAGGAAGAGUUAGAGUCACAAGACGUGAGGUUUCUGCUUCAAGAAAUAGAUUUCAAACUUCUCACAAAAGACGCUUGAUUUGGUUUAUGUUUGGAUCCAUCACAAGAGUAACUUAGUGGAGAUUAGCAUGCACAACUAAAUUAGAUUAAUGGCCAACGAGAGUAAAAGUCUUACUCAGAGGAGAAGAGAGACGAGAGUAAAAAACGAAGCUGGAUUGGGCAAUGUGGAUUCUCCAGAGUUGAGGAAGCGUUUAAGAG